UUCAGUCGUACAUACAGCUACAACUGUCAUGGCAGCUGAGCCUCUUGUUAAACAAGACGAACUGGCCGAAGUCCUUCGUGAAUGGGGCGAUGAAGAAGACGAAGUCGUUGAGCCAGUACAGCACUCUAGGCCGGAUUCAAGAGGUACACGUCAGAGAAAUGAGAACGGCUCUCCGCUGCAAGAUGUCGAUAAUCCCAGUGAUAUUAAUGGGACAAAGCCUCCUGGAGAGAGAUCUAGCCUUACAGGAAAGCCUUUUUAUGCACCAUACGUACGAUUCUUUAAGGCAGCCAGUUUAUUUCUGUCAUUUUUGGGCAUGGGUAUAUCUAAUACACUAUAUGGAACAGCAAUCCUGGACCUGGCAUUCCACGCCAGCACCAAACUUCCAUAUAUGUCCUUUGUAUUUACGGCACGAUCUAUUGGGUAUUUAGUAGGAAGUAUCGCCGGUGGCUGGACCUAUGAUAAAUACGAUAGAUAUUUAGUCCUUGGAUGUUCCUGUCUUGGCUGUGCAUUGGCCACGACUGUGUUUCCUUUGGUUGGAAGUCUUUAUGCAUUCAUCUCGAUUGCUUCUGCAAUGACUAUUUGUACAAGUUUUCUAAAUACAGCUGGCAAUGCCAUCUGUUUUGUCUUAUGGCCCGAAAAUUUCCAGCCCUACUUGCAGUUCCUUCACUUCACCUUUGCCUUGGGCUCGUGUCUUGCUCCUCUGCUAUCACAGCCAUUCCUCCUGCCUGACGCUCUGACCAACCCCCCACUAAACCAUACAGACAACAGAAACGCGACAGGAGGUUAUGACCCUGGUGAUAUACUACCAAUAACAUGGGCCUACUGGAUCAGCAGUGUUCCUCUCAUCGCUUCUGGGCUGUUUUUCCUAGCCUGUGCUUUCUUGAAAGGACUUAAGGAAACAGUUGUCAAAAAGGAAGAACACCACUCMACAGUGAAUCAUCCAAACAGUCUAUUAUUCAARGCAAUUGUUCUGUUCCUCUUUUUCAUUCUGCUUCUUCAGUAUGGCGGCAUUGAGGUUGCAUAUGGUGGAUACGUUUUUAUGUACGCUGUGAAGACCAAACCUCACAUGAGCAAACACAUGGCUUCCCUUCUAACUGCCACAUACUGGGGAACCUUUGCAUUGGGAAGACUCAUAUCCGUGCAGUUAGCCAAAUACAUCAAACCACCAAAGAUGAUUUUAGCAGAUUUCAUAGGUUGCUUGUUGGCAGGAGUGAUCUUGAUUUCUCAAACYCAGUACGGAUGUGAUGCAAACUCUGGCCCAAAACUUUGGGCUGGAACAAUCAUCCUAGGAAUCUCAGCUGCAUCAUUAUUUCCAUCAGCCUUGAGUUGGGCAGAGUACUUCGUUGAAAUUUCAGGUCGAGUGGCAUCGUUACUUCUCGUUGGAGCAUGUUUAGGUGAGAUGACCAUUCCUAUUGCCGUAGGGAACACUUUCGAUACCAUUGGACCUUGUUCUUUAAUGUACUGUAUAUUUGCUUUGAGUUUUCUUGGCAUAUUGAACUUUGCUGCAAUCCUGUUGUUUGGUCGGCAUUACAGGUCACUUAGUGUUUUCUCAGGGGUGGAGUUUCAUAAGAACGAUGUCAUUGAGAAGCCGCCGAAGCCAAAACAACAGGAUGAGGAUGAGGUUUUAAGACUUCUCGAAGAAAACAACGAGUUAUUCAACGGUAAUUAUUAAAAGUACUAAGCAUUAAUUAUUGAUGGAUUGAAGUCAUUCCUAAGAAAGUAAUAUGAAAAAAGCACGAUGGUCAUGUUGGUGAUAUCAACAUGGAAGCCAAUUACAAAUAAACAUGAUGAC